AUGUCAUCCGCGUCCCGCCUGCCAAACAUCGCGGAGGGCAAACUAACAGCCCAGCCCUUAGAUGCCGUUCCUCAGUUUAACUGGGUUUUCUUGAUCGAGCUUAUUGUGUGCGGAAUUCUAGCCUAUACAUGGCAUUACUACCGUAUUUAUAUCGAUAUCCAUGCCCUCCAAAUAUCGCUCUUAGGCGGAAGGAUUUUUUUCAAGGGUGUUCGAUACCAUGGGGAAAAUGAGACAAUAUUGAUUCACUCGGGGUACAUUACGUGGAGAUACUGGCUGCGUCUUGUUCGGGAUAGCGAAUUGGUGCAGGGACAAACACCGUUGCCUCAUGCUGCUUCUCCCCCAAAGUCGGACACAACUCAAGAAGAUCAGGUCAAGAGUCCUGAAGGCAAGGAAAGUGCGAAUGGGAACACCAAGGAACAAAACCAGCUUCCUUGUCGAAUAGAGAUCACGCUUCACGGUGUAGAAUGGUUUGUUUAUAACAGAAGUGCAGCAUAUGACACAAUUCUUGCUGGCUUCCAGCCUUCGGGGCGAACAAACCCGAGCAAAGUUAAGCAGGAAGCCGGUGCCGAUAAAGAUGCAACUCGCACAGCUGCAAAGGAAGCCAAAGGAUCCGGGAUUGAAGUGUCGAGCAAACCGGGUGUUAAUUCCAGUCAAAAUGAAUCGUUGGCAAAACACGAUACCUUGGCAUCAGAGCCCGACUCUGUAGACGAUGCUUCCGCCAGUUCAAAAUUGCCCACUUAUCUCUCCUUGCUCCCUAUAUGGAUCAAUUGUUACAAAGGUGCUUUGGUCGUGGGUAAUGAGCACGUCAAAACUCUUCUGACAACAACUUUUGAAAAAGGACACGGAAGAAUAGACGCUGGUGAUUCGGGCGCGCUUGACGUCUAUAAACAAAUCUUUGAGUUUGAAUUGGUUCAUCCUACUGUGCAGUUUAAGCCAAAUCCAGAUUUCAAAUCUUCCCAAUUAGCGGCCGCGAAAACCCAUUCCAAUGCGGAUAUCGACAAUGUGACCCAAAGCCGAAGACGCCAUUUCCGUUGGGCAUUUCAGCUUCGUAAACGAAAGCUAUGGUAUAGCCUUCGUGAUCUCGUCCCUUAUUUUCAGAAAUCAGUUGAAUCAUUUCAAGUUCACCAUAAAGGUGCAACUGCGUCAAGGUCUAUGAAUCUGCCUGAAACAUUGCCCGCGGAAUCUCAUUGGACGGGUCUCACGAGAUAUCUUGAUGAAGAGAGCCGAAAUGAGCAUGAAGGAUGGAACGCCGUUGAAUAUGGGCGCUUUUCAACGCUACUAGAUUGCCCUAGUCUCAUGCUCAGAUACCACUGGGACAUUCCUGGUAAAGUAUCUGCUCGACGGAUUGACCCGGCGUCAUCCGUUCGCAGAAUGACGAAUAAUAUCAACGGCGCAGAACCGCCAGAAUGGGGAAUGCACUUGGCUGUGAGGGGAGGGAUGAUAAAUUAUGGCCCCUGGGCAGACAGAGAACGUGCCAAUCUCCAGGCCAUUAUUUUUCCAAAUUCUUAUCGUGAUUCACAGCCUAGCGCCCCUUUAGAAAUCGGGGAAUGGAGGCAGAGCACCUUGUUUGAUUUCACAAUCACUUUUGAAGAGGAAACAAAUUUGCGCAUCCCUACUAGAGAGCCUUCCAAAGAUUGGAUAUGGAAAAACAGAACCGAUGCUACAAAACCGAAAAACAGGAAGCAAAACGAACAUCCUCGGGGAAAGGAAGCGGAUAAGGGAAAUCACGGUCCCGAUAUUCGGCCCUUUGGCUGGCUCGCUCUGGGAAUAGAAGCAGGUUCGAAAUUCGAGUACCGAAUGGGCAUGUUUGCAACGCCAACAGGAUAUGGGAAUCAGCUUGUGCUCGACCUACAAGGUAGUAGAGUCACAUCGAGUGUUAACCAUGCAGUUCUAUGGCAUUCCGGGCCGCAGAGGAUUUCUUGUGAUUUAUCUAAUCCCUUGGAAUGGAAUACCUUGCACACUUGGUCAUUCACCAUCCACAGCAACAAUUUGGAGCUGUUUUUCCUACGGGACCACAUCUUCCUACUUACCGAUCUUGUCAACGACUGGACUUCGGGCCCUUUCUCGGAAUUUUACACAUUCGUUCCAUUCCAAUAUAACGCCCAUCUCUCGUUCACCAACGUCAAGCUUUUUCUCAAUGUCAACGAUUCGAACAUCAUCAAUAACCCUACCGAUAUCGAAGACAACUCAUUUCUUAUUAUAGAAUCGGAAACUCUAACCUCAAAUGUAUGCAUCCCGACGACGAACUACAAGCCGAAACGGAAUGCCAUCCCAUUUGACCUCAGGCUGGCGGGCACCACAAUGAAAUUUUCUGUUCCUUCUUGGAAUACCCACCGUACAUUCCUCGAACAGUCUUCUCUUGCAUCUCUAGACAACUUCGAGAUGAGCGGUAACUAUUCAUACAACACGCUCACGUCGCCGACUUUAACGGAUAUUCUUACACUUGAUUUAUUGGGAAACUCCUUAGAAAUAUAUAUUUACGGAUUUCUCGUGGAUACGUUUUUAAAAGUUAAAGAAAACUAUUUCGGCGAGAAUAUACAUUUCAAAACCCUGGAGGAGUUCCAAGAGAUUGCUAGUUCAGACAAAACAUCGGUGUCAAAUUCGGUGACGAAUAAGUCCAAUGACCUUGAUGUCAUUUUGCAUAUUCAUGCUGAGGACUGCACGGUUUUACUCCCUAGCAAUAUUUAUGAUCGACUUCAUUGCGUGGCUAUUGAAGCGGCUUCUCUUGAUGCUGAUGCUAGAUUUACGAACUAUUACAUGGAUCUGCAGACGUCUUUCAGCCCUCUAGCAGCAUCCCUACGAGCAUUCGACAAGUCCACAUCCAGACCCGAGCUCUUUAUAGACGGCCUCAGUGUCUAUGGACACCGGUUAUUUGGCCUGCCGCCCACUGAACCAACCUACGUUUGCAAUUGGGAUUUUGACGUAGGUCGUGUUAUAGGAGAAUGCUCUACCGACUUCAUAAAAUAUUUCAAAUCAGCACUGAGGUCUUUUGCCUAUUCGAUUGAUGACGAAGAAAAUUCCCUACCCCCGCUUAAACCAAUCGAACUGCAUGAUGUCGUGCUGCUGCGAGCAAAAGUCGACUCCAUCCAACUUUGGGUAAUCUUGGACACAACAGCAUUAUUAUUUAGCUCUGAUGCUAUGGACUUCAACUUCAACGAUUGGGCUGGAGUGAAGUUCUCUGAGCGCCUUGAUCUGAGUCUUCCAGACAUAACUCUCGCUAUUGUCGAUGGUAGCUCACCUAGGUGGCUUGACAGUGCUCAUCCCGUUAGGACCUAUGCUUGUUUCCAUACUUCCGUCAAGUUAAAAAUGGUCGAGCGUAAAGCGAACUUUUUGGCAAACCGGGAGCUUCAACAACAACAUGUACAAAAACAUGAUUCUCGCACCCAAAGAACGCCAUGGCUUCUACUGAAAGACGAAAAGGGCUGGACUGAGAAAUAUGUCAACAGAGAUCAACCAAACAGGGCAGCAAUGCCAGUUCCAUUUAUGCCGCCACCUCUUCAGGGACCCCGUGAUUUGACUUCUGAUAUUAUGACUUUGACAUCGGACUUUUGUGGUCAACUUCCUAGCGCCACUAAGAGAGAAAACUUAACAUGCUCUACACAUGGAAGUCUUGGGCAAAACCGACCUGAUAUUUAUCCCUCUGCCGCGGAUCAACUUCCAAGGACCGCGUCGCGAAAUACGGUUAUGUUACCGGACAAAGACUCUGAUACUAACCGUUCAAGGCGGCCUACAAGCCAAUUCAGCUUGGAGGGUGCAUCUCGCCCUUUUCCUACGAAAGACUACGCCCCUAAAACGGCCACUUCCAGGAAAGGACUUUCUAGCGCUUGGAUGGUGCCCAACUUCCGUUUCCAUAGACUGGUUUUGGAUCGCAGCGAUCUCCCUGCGUUACCGUUCCUUGGUAACUAUCAUGAGCAAGGAACCCAGGGAAAAGAUGAGCUUGAGCUUAUACUUGAUGAUCAAGAUGCUAAUGCUACUCAUACCUACUGGCUUCUUGACCUAAUAUCCGGGAUAAGCGGGUUUUGUCAUGUCGAAACUGUUUCUGCCAUUGCAGGGUUGCUUGAGAGUCUUCAGCCUGUUCAUCCUAUUGAAGUGAUUGAUGAUAUCCAGUCAACGGUAGUUUCAGAUAUUCUGGGUCAUGCGAAACAUCUGGCGAAUCCCAAACGGGUUAUGAACUUGAAUCUUCGGUUACCGGCAUGCCGUGUGAGAUUUAUCAACUCCACAGCUAUUGAAGAAUCGGAAAUUUCGGCAGUUAGGGACCAAUUUGAUCUAGAGGUAGUACGAGCCCGCAUUAUGCUCAGCAAGAAGUCAGAAAUCAGAAAUGAUGCAGUGAAGCCGAAGCAAACGGGAUUGACGACACAUCUUACAGCUACCGUUAUAUCUUUAUCCGCCCUAACAGAGGGACUCGAAAACCCUGGAGCGCAUAAACUUUGCCAUCUCAGGACACAAGAUCUCGUACUGUGGUCAGUUACUGAGAAAGCAGCCCGUUCACGCGUCCAGACCCAAGAAACCCUCAAUUUCUAA